CUCAAGUCGUUACAAGAGUGACGUCAGAGAAUGUAUAAAUACUCGGCCUCGGCCACUGUCUCAGCAAAAAAUUCCCUUUCACCAACAGCGAUUUGGCUUUAUUAAGUGGUCAACAAACACACUGAAGAGCGUUCGCCAUGGCUCGUACCAAGCAGACGGCCCGUAAGUCCACCGGAGGAAAGGCUCCGCGGAAGCAGCUCGCGACCAAAGCCGCCCGGAAAAGCGCCCCGUCCACGGGCGGCGUGAAGAAGCCUCAUCGCUACAGGCCCGGGACCGUGGCUCUGAGGGAGAUCCGCCGCUACCAGAAGUCCACGGAGCUGCUGAUCCGUAAGCUGCCGUUCCAGCGGCUGGUCAGGGAGAUCGCCCAGGACUUUAAGACCGACCUGCGCUUCCAGAGCGCCGCCAUCGGAGCCCUGCAGGAGGCCAGCGAGGCGUACCUGGUGGGUCUGUUUGAGGACACCAACCUGUGCGCCAUCCACGCCAAGCGGGUCACCAUCAUGCCCAAAGACAUCCAGCUGGCCCGCAGGAUAAGGGGGGAGAGGGCUUAGACCCCCCCAUCACCGCAGAUCCUAUUUAUCACACUUGACCAUCUUGUGGACAUUUUUUAUUUCUUGGGUUUUUAUAAGUUCUUUGAAUUUUGUAUUUUUAGAGUGAUCAAUAAACCAACCAUUCCACAACCCCCCCCUCAUGUACACUAAAGGCGGCUUCAACCACCUGCCCCCCUCCCUCAGUUCAUUGUACAACAUUUGAGCUGAUUGCAUUCUGGGGGUUCAUCCUGGGAAGGGGCAGUCAUUGUACCAUGAAUGUGUCAGAUGGCCUCACUGCAGUGUGGGGGUGUUCAGGUCCCUCUGUGCUCUGGAGGGAGCAGACCAUGUUCCUCAGACCCCCCCACCCCCAAAUCUUGGCAGCUACAUUUAAUACUAUUUAUGGAAUGUUGUCACGUUUCUAUUAAAUGUCUUUAUGAGUAGAA